UUUUUCUCUCUCUCUCUAUCUCUCUCGCUCCGAGGACAGAAGAGCCUGCAGACGCAUUUCUCUCUCCAGCCCUCCCUCCCUCUCUUCAUCCCUCUCUCUCUUUCUCUCUCUCUCUUUCUCUCCCAUUCUCUCUACUGCUGUCUCUUCCACGUAGAGUCCAUUGUCAACAAAGGGAACACACAGCAGGGCUGUGGAGAGGAGGGAUGACUCCAGUGUCACGUUGGCUGAGGUGUCGCUCGUAAUUCCGUCUUUUGGUAGCACAGGUGAGCGUAUGAUGUAUGAGAAGUUAACUAUGCUGAAUCUGCAGAGCAGCUCAAACUGGAAUGGGCCCAGUGACUGGUACCAUCAGCAGAAUCCAGUUCCAGCCCAGCAUAGCACAGUGUCGGAGGGCUGUCUGGUGGAGCCUGAUGUUGGGUUGGGUGUAGCAGGAGGAGGAGGAGGAGGAAGAGGGCAGGUGGAGAGGGAUGAAGGUGAGGAGUUGCAGCUGCGGCUGCAGCUGAAGAGGAAACUGCAGAGGAACCGAACCAGUUUUACCCAGGAGCAGAUCGAGGCCCUGGAGAGAGAGUUUGAAAGGACGCAUUACCCCGAUGUCUUCGCCAGAGAGAGACUAGCAAACAAAAUAGACCUUCCAGAAGCACGGAUACAAGUGUGGUUCUCCAACCGACGAGCCAAGUGGAGGCGAGAGGAGAAGCUGCGGAACCAGAGGAAGUCAGGGGGCGGGACUUCCUGCGGCCAAGCGCACACCCCACUGAGCACCUCCUUCAACUCGGCCAUCUACCAUCAGUCACACGGCGGCGGCGCAGGGUCCAUGCUAGGUCAAAGUGAGACCACUCUCCCCACCUACAGCUCUCUCUCAGUCUACUCUGGAGUUCAGUCAGCCCCUCCUCAGUCCACCCCCUCUUAUGCAUGCAUGCUGCCCCCGUCCCCCUCCGCUCCUCGGCCUUUUGAGGCCUCGUCGUACCCCUCGGCCCACCUCCCUCCUCCCACUACAGCAAACACCAGCACAGGUUUGAUCUCUCCAGGGGUCUCGGUACCUGUCCAGGUUCCGGGGAAUGAGCAGAGCAUGGGGCAGAACCUGGGGCAGUACUGGGCUCGACUGCAGUGAAGAUAAAGCAAGUGAUGGAGGACAGGAAGGAAGUGAGAGAAGCUGUGGACAAAAGCUCAGCGUGUGCUAUUUAGACACACAAUAAACAAAGCGAAGAACAAACAGGGUUUUAGACUCGUACAGACUGCAGCAGUGCUGUAAAACCUCCUGAAUUAGGUGUUGAGAGCGGUCAGGGCUGGGCAACAUGACAACAGGCCAGAAUUUCUUCAAAUCCAAUGUAAUUAAGUCUUAUUCAUGAUGCCACAGUGCAGGAACUGGCAGAGGUGUCAGGUAUUGACCUUUCUACUCCUUAUAUUUAAAAAAAUAGCCUCGUUACUAUUACCUAUUUAAUUUCAGCUUGUUUUCAUUACAGUGUUGUGCCAAUUUCAGCACCCCCACCAGGAAAAGCAACCCCUCUCAAGCACCCUCUCUCUAAGUAAAGUUAAAGCAGAUUAUCUUAGCUUUUAUCAAGAAGACGAUGCAAAGAUGCUCCUGAGAUGGGGUGCUUUUCAUGGCGGGGGGUGCAGAUUUCAGUCUUCUUAAUAGGAAAUAAACAAGAAAAUUUGCUUCAUGGCGGGGUAAGUAAAGCUAAAGCGGAUUAUCGUUUUAGCUUUUAUCGAGAAGACAUACAUGCGUGCGUACAUGCUCCCAAGAUUGGGUGCUUUUUAUGGCUGGGGUGCCGAUUUUAGCAUUACUAUGGUAUGGAAUUCAGCACCCCUGCCAGGAAAAGCACCCCCUCUCGAGAGCAUACUUUUAAGUAAAGCUAAAGCAGAAUAUCUUAGCUUUUAUCAAGAAGACGGUGCGCACAUGCUGCCGAGAUGGGGUGCUUUUCAUGGUGGGGUUGCAGAUUUUAGCACUACUCUGGUGCCAAAUUCAGCACCCCCGCCAGGUAAAGCACCCCCUCUCAAGAGUGUAUUUCUAAGUAAAGCUAAAGCAAAUUGUCUUUUUAGCUUUUAUCAAGAAGACGAAGACUUUUAUCAAGUGCGUACAUGCUCCCAAGAUGGGGUGCUUUUCUUUGUGAGGGUGCAGAUUUCGCCACUACUAUGGAGAGGCUGAAUGUGACAUGACAGCGUAGCUUAGAACAGCAUCUUGGGUAUUUUCAUUUUAAAAAAAAGAAAAAAAAAAGACCAAAAGUUAAGCCAAGAAGAAGUGGGUGCAUGCUUCAGAGAGGGGGUGCUUUUCCUGGCGGGGGUGCUGAAUUCGUCACAACACCGGCUUCUCAUCGUUAAAGCAGCACUAGGUAGGAUUUUCUUGAUUUUUGAUCUUUUUAAAGAAGUAAAAUCACAGCUUGAAACUCACUGCAGCGCUGCAUUGAGGUGUAAUAGGAGGAAUAGCGGUGCUCUCGUGUCUGUGCCGGAGCUCCUCUGAAGUUUUCCGAGGCGGCCGCGACCAACGCUCGCGAGAACUGUGACCUGCUUUCCGACCUUUAGUUCUAAUGAAACAUUUAUUACACUCUGCAACUGUAGGGGAGCCCAUGAGCACAAAAUCUCAAUCCUACCUAGUGGAGCUUUAAAAAGAAAAUCCUAUAUAGAUAAAUCUCUCCAUUGGAUGAGAAGUAUAAACAUAUACCAAAGCAACAUCGUUUUAAAAUGAAAUUGCUCCAUUUUUUUAAAGUGUCUAUUACUUGGUAAGAAUCCAUAUUCCAACAAUAGCCAUUCCAGCACCCUAUAAUCCAUAUUAUGCAAAGAACUACUUAACUAAGUAAAGACAAAAUUACUUAAAUUACUAAAGAAAUGAAGAUCAGAACAUCCAAAAAAUUUCAAGAACUAAAACUGUCCUCAAGUGCAGCCAACAAAAACGUUAUGAUGAAACUGGCUCUCAUCAGGACCAUCCCAGAAAAAGAAGAGCAAGUAAGUUCUAAUGCAUAGGAUAAAUUCAACCAAAAUAGCAUAGCACAUAGAAUCAAAGCACCAGUGUACUGUAUUGAAUUGGUUGAUCAAUCAUGUGAAUUCUUGAACCCCUAGAGUGACUUGAUUUUGACCCAUUAAUGAUAUAUUUUUGACAUAUUGCCCGCCCUUAACUGCAGUCCACUAUAAAGCAGGAUACAUGAACGGAAGAUGCACACUUUCAGCCACAUCCACAACUAAGUGCAUCAUUCGUAGGCCUAUUUAAAAUCACACUUAAUGUUCCUUAAUGGAAGUCUGAGCUUUUGUCCACCGUCAGAAAGUCUGGGGGAGUUAAAUGGAGAACUUUAUAAAAAGUUGAAAAGUCCCGUAAAAAAUUGUUUACAAAAGUACGGGUGAGAAUAUCUAUUGACUGAAGGCCUCAGGUUCAUAAAAAUUACAUAAAUAUUUAUAAUGUGCAUCUCCCAAAAUUUUAUUUCAGUAAUUCAGUUCAAAAUGUAAACAAUUAUCUAUUAUAUAGAUGUAUUACACACAGAGUGAUCUAUUUUAAGUGUUUAGUUCUUUUAUUGUUAAUUUGAUGAUUAUGGCUUACAGCCAAUGAAAACCCAAAAAUGAGUGUCUCAAAAAAAAUUAAUAAUAUAUAAAACCAAUUGGUACUUUUGGCAGUGUGGGCAGUGUGCCAAGUCCUGCUGGAAAAUGAAGUCUGCAUCUCCAUAAAAGUUGUCAGCAGAGGGAAGCAUGAAGUGCUUUUAAGAUUUUUCAGGAAAAAAAACUGCACUGACUUUAGACUUGAUAAUAAAACACAGUGGAUCAACACCAGCAGAUGACAUGUCUCUCCAAAUCAUCACUGAUUGUGGAUUUCAUUUUCCAGCAGGACUUGGCACACUGCUUACCCUGCCAAAUGCACCAGUUGAGUUUUCUGAGAUACUAUUUUUGGGGUUUUUAUUGGCUGUAAGCCAUAAUCAUCAACAAUAAAAGAAAUAAACGCUUCAAAUAGAUCACUCUGUGUGUAACACAUCUAUCUCUCUAUCUAUCUAUCUCAUCUAUCCAUAUGUUGCUCUGAGGGGGAUGAUGUGGUAUUUUAGGAGACUGUCAUGUCCUGACUGCAUGGUGACUACAAGAUCCAAGUUUGCUUUUGGGUGUUCUUAAUUGACUAAAGGGGUAGCUUAGGUGGUUAUCAGGGUGUUGCUAGGUGAUUGUGAGGGUGUUGAAGGCUGCAGUGGUAUCCCAGGAGUUUGUUUGGGUUUCUGAUUGGUUGCAAAUAGUUUCAAGGGUGUUGCCCAGUGGUUGCUAGUGUGCUGGUACGGUAUCACAGGUGGUUGCUAUGGUGCUUACAGGUAAUUUCUGUUUUCAGAUGAUUUCUAAGGGAUAUAUAAAUUUUUUAGAAUCAUAGUUCCAAAAACACAUUAAGCAAAAUGUUUUUUUUUUGUUUGUUUUUUUAUAGCAAAUUGGGGCCCAAUUUCAGCUACAUCUCUGUAACAUAGCAGGUCAUACAGUGGGACCAGAAACUGAAGUCAAAUACUUGCACUUAAGUGAAGGACAAUCAGUCACAAUCACUGACUAUGGAAGAGCCAAUGACAAUCAUCUUAAUUACUGACUGGAAUUAAUCGAUGCAGUGUUGAUAGGCCUAUUUCUUAAACAAGGACUCCCCAGCAUGGUUUUAUGAAGCGCCUGACAAUCUAAUUUAUUAACGCACAUGUUUCUCUUUCUGUGACCUUUUUUUAACUGGCUUCCGUUUUUUGUUUUUUGUUUUUUGCUGAAACAUCUGUCAGUUUCAGAACUAAGAUCUGUGUGUUCCUCCUACUAUGGGGUCUUCAGUGUGAAAGUGUGUGUGUGUGUGUGUGUGUGUGUGUUUGAAGCUUUGAAAGGCAUGAAUGUAAGUGUUUUGUGUUUGGAACAGAAAUGUGUCUUCAUUCCUGCUGUCAACCCAUAUUUUGUGUAUGCAUUAAACCCUUUAAUAAAAAUCUACCUGUGAACUCA